AUGGCAGUCACAUUCCAUGACAUAAACUCGGCUGUUGGCCUGAAGAAAUUAGAUGACUACUUGCUUGCCCGCAGUUACAUCACUGGCUACGAAGCUUCAAAGGAUGAUCUCAUUGUCCAUGCAGCUCUUUCAAAGCCUCCAUCAUCAGAAUUUGUGAACGUGUCUCGGUGGUACAACCAUAUCACUGCACUUCUUAGGAUUUCUGGUGUUUCUGGACAAGGCUCUGGUGUCAUUGUUGAGGGAUCUGCUCCCAUCACAGAGGAAGCAGUUGCUACACCUCCUGUGGCUGAUACAAAGGCCUCAGCUGCUGAAGACGAUGAUGAUGAUGUGGAUCUGUUUGGUGAAGAGACUGAAGAAGAGAAGAAGGCUGCUGAAGAGCGUGCAGCUUCCAUCAAGGCAUCUACAAAAAAGAAAGAAUCUGGAAAGUCAUCAGUCCUGUUGGAUGUGAAGCCAUGGGAUGAUGAAACUGACAUGAAAAAGCUUGAGGAGGCAGUAAGAAGUGUUCACAUUGAAGGCUUGCAUUGGGGAGCAUCCAAACUUGUAGCUGUUGGGUAUGGAAUAAAGAAAUUGCAAAUAAUGCUAACAAUUGUUGAUGACCUGGUCUCUGUUGACACUCUUAUUGAGGAACAACUUACUGUUGAACCAAUUAAUGAGUAUGUCCAGAGCUGUGACAUUGUAGCCUUCAACAAAAUAUGUAAGAUUGGAGCAUGGAGUGUUCUAGUGUGA